CGCGUGCUGCUGCAUCUCCCUACAGUGCGUUUACAGACUCCUCUUUUUGAGAUGAUGACAAAAAACUCCGCUCCCUCCUUACUAAACAUGAUAUGUUUUUCACACGCAUGAAGGUGGAAUCAGUGUAGAAUGGAGACGCGUCUCGGUCACUUGUUUUUUAUCGUUUUAUCCGAGUGGAUCUGGGUCUUCAUCAUAACUUCAAUCCUGGGCGGUAUAAAAGCGGAGGUAAGGUGCAUUCCCUCGUGCCAGCUGCCCUCCAUCGAAGCUUUAUCCCAGCAGCCAUCCGCGCUCAAUUUGUCCAAUUUUGGUGCGUCCCCUGCUGAAGAAUUUGUUGGAUUUAGUGAGGGGUCACUCGGCGCCAAUGAGGACGAAAACUACAACGUUGCGGAUGUAACCGUGAGCGAAGAAAGUUCAUUCAAAGUACAGCCACGGUCAGAGGGGAGUAGCACAAGUGGUCCGCAGAGGGACGCUUCAAACGGCAAUCGAAAACUUUCCCACCCUUCUGGAAGUGUUCCACGCGCGUCUGUCCCCUCUCCCAACAACGUAACCGAGAAUAUAACCGGUAACGGAAGAUAUAACAGCUUUUAUAUUAAAAACGGUGAUCUGACGGCAACUGAGAACAGGAACGUGGCCAGUUGGAGACGAUUGCGAAGUGCGCGGAGCGCAGAGACUUUGUCCGGAUUCAGGUCUGAGGGCGUGGACGAUGUCUCGGUUUCGGACCAGGAGGAGUUUCAACUCACAAGUUCGACAUUUGCUCUCACCGGGGACACAGCUCACAACCAGGCCAUGGUCCACUGGUCCGGACAAAACAGUAGCGUGAUUCUGAUGCUGACAAAAUACUACGACUUCAACACUGGCAGAGUAACAGAGAGUUCUUUGUGGAGGUCAACUGAUUUUGGGACCACAUAUGAAAAACUUAAUGAGAAAGUUGGGACCAAAACCAUAUUGAGCUACUUAUAUGUGAGCCCAAACAACAAAAGAAAGAUAAUGUUACUGACUGACCCAGAGGUGGAGAGCAGCCUGCUCAUUAGUCUUGAUGAGGGGGCGUCCUAUCAGAAACACAGCUUAGCCUUUGAUAUCCUCAGCCUGCUUUUUCACCCCGAGCAGGAGGACUGGAUCCUGGCUUACAGCCAUGACCAAAAGCUCUAUGUCUCUGUUGAGUUUGGGAGAAGAUGGCAGCUUGUGCAUGACAGCGUGGUCCCCAACAGAUUCUACUGGUCCAGAUUGGGAUUGGACAAAGAGCAAGGAAUGAUUCACUUGGAGAUCAGCAUCUCAGAUGGACGGUCGCAGUACAUAACUUGCAAACUUCAGAAUUGUUCUGAUGGAAACAAAGGCAAGCCUUUCCCUGGAUUUAUUAUCCCUAAUUCCCUCGUGGUUCAGGAUGAAUACGUUUUUAUCCAGGUGCCAGUAGGUGGCCAGUCUGUCCAUUAUGUGUCAUAUAAAAGAAGUGCUUUCUACCCAAUGAAAUUACCCAAAUACACCCUCCCCAAGGACUUGCAGAUCAUCAGCACAGAUGAUAACCAGGUGGUGGCAGCGAUUCAGGACUGGCACCAGAAUGAUUCCUACAACCUGUACAUGUCUGAAUCCAGAGGGCUGUUCUUCACGCUGAUGCUGGAGGAUGUUGUAAGCAGUGGAGGUCCAGAAGACAAUAUCAUGAUAGACCUCUAUGAGGUUGCUGGGAUUAAAGGGGUGUUCCUGUCAAAUAAAGUUGUUGAGAACCAAGUGAAAACUUAUAUCACAUACAACAAGGGAAGAGACUGGCGUCUUCUUCAGGCUCCAACAACCGAUCUCCAAGGAAACCAGGUCUAUUGUGAACAACCUUACUGCUCGCUGCAUCUACACCUUCAUGUUUCAGAAAACCCUUACGCCUCGGGAAACAUUGUCAGCAAAGAUUCAGCUCCAGGAAUUAUAAUAGCGUCAGGUGUGGUUGGGCCUGAGCUGACCAAUACCAAUGUCAGUAUCUUCAUCACAUCUGAUGCUGGAAACACCUGGAGAGAGGUUUUUCAGGAAGAGUACAGUGUGUUUUUCCUAAAUCAAGGAGGAUCUCUGGUGGCCAUCCGACAUACACCACUGCCAAUUAGACACAUUUGGCUGAGUUUUGAUGAGGGCAGAAACUGGGACAAAUAUAGCUUCACCUUCUCCCCACUCUAUGUUGAUGGGGUGCUGGGGGAGCCUGGAGAGGACAUCCUCAUAAUGACGGUAUUUGGUCAUUUCAGCCAUCGAUCUGAAUGGCAACUUGUCAAGAUUGACUUCCGCUCCAUUUUCCAACGACGCUGCACAUCUGAAGACUAUCUGACAUGGCAGUUACACAACGAGGGAGAAGUGUGCAUCAUGGGAAUGAAGAGAAUCUUUCAAAAACUAAGAGCGAAUGUUCGAUGUGUCAAGGCCAGAGAUCAGUAUAUUUCCCAGAUGUCAGACUCUUGCCCAUGCACGGAGACAGAUUUUGAGUGUGACUAUGGGUAUGAAAGGCAGAUUGACGGAAGCUGUGCUCCAGCUUUCUGGUUCGUUCCUUCUGCAGCAUCUCGAAACUGCAUAACAGGGGACAGCUUCUUCAAUACAACAGGAUAUCGCAAGGCUUUGUCUAACAACUGCUCUGAGGGAAGUCUGUCAAAGUAUAGCCCCAGGCAACAGAAGUGUCCCAGUCAGGCUCCAAGAGGUCUCCAGCUUUUCACCAGUGAAGGAACACUGGUAACAACACUGGCAAGGAAUGUCACCUUCUUGGUGUUUCUGGAAGAGGGUCUUGGCUCCAUGACAAGUAUUACAGUGGACUUUGGCGAUGGAACUGCCAUAUCCUUUGUUAACAUAAGCUCCAUCGAUGACGGGAUCAAACAUGUUUACAGUAAAACUGGCAUCUAUCAAGUUUCAGCCACAGCAAGCAACAGUCUGGGUUCUGACAGGGUUGUACUUUAUCUCCACGUCUCCUGUCAGCUUGAGCAGGUUCAGCUCUCUGCUCCUUUGGUGGCCGUGAAGAACAAAGCAGUAAAUUUCACAACAGCACUUCAUCCCAGCAGUGUGGGAACAGUCACUUAUUUCUGGUGGUUUGAUAACAAGACAGAGCCUUUCGUGACACUUGAUGGAGCAAUCUCCUUCACUUUCUCCAAGGAGGGAAGUCACAGUGUAACUGUUCAGGCUUCAGCUGGUAACACUGUCCACCAGGACCAAAUGAGGGUGACAGUUUAUGAUUAUUUCCUCUCACACGCUUUGGCCUUUUCCUCUAAUCUGGACGAACUGAACCCCGGGGUGCUUGAGUGGAGAGAGGACAUCGGCAGAGUUGUGAAGAGCUGCAUGGUUCAGGUCACAGGGAUCAGUGAGGAUCAACUGCUGGUCACAGUGCUCCCGGGUUUACCAACCGCUGCUGAGGUUUUUAUCAUACCUGAGAGGAGGUCAAGAGACCGGGCCAUGGAUGAAAAGUGGGCACAUCUUGAUCAGCUUUCCCAGGUUUUGCUAAGUGCUCUGAACCAAGACCUCAUCCAGUUCACACUCAAACUGGGGGUGCAGGUGAAUGUGUAUGCUACACAGCUGUCUCCAGCUCCUCUUGUGGACAGCAGUGACAGCUUGCACAGUAGCACUGCAGUCAUCAUGCUCGUGUCAGUGGUACUGAUGGGCUUGGCUGUCUUUGUAAUAUUUAAAUUUAAAAGAAAGAUUCCGGGUGUGAACACAUACACAGCAGAGCAGCCGGACAAAGAACAGGAGGUCAUCCCAACAGUGACUUCUUUAGCCGUCCCAAACCCUGAGGGGGACAAGCUGACCUCAGUGGAUCAUGUGGCUGUACAGCUGGACUCAAACAGUAGAGGCUACCUGCCAUCUCACACAGACAUCAAGCUCUCUGAUGAAGCGCCCCAUGUGUUUUAAUGUUUGGAGUCUAUGACCGACUCGAAAGCAAUACAUCUUCUUUGGCAGUUACUUCCAGCAAGCUAGGAAACCGCGGUCACAAUGACUGGUCUCGAGUGUUUUGCUACCCAUGCAUGGAUGGACCAGUUCACACUGUGCUGCCUAAAUCCCUCCAAGGAGACUGUACAGAUUUAUACUUGCCUCUUGAAAAGGAACACUUUUUGACUGAAAUACUUGUAUUUUUGCAAGGACAUUGAUCUUUUUAUGUAAAUAAUGUACAUCCAUAAUGGAAGAAGUAACAGUUAUUUGUCUCAGCUGGUUACAGCUGCGUCUGCGCAAAGCAUCAAACAGCAGCCCGAGAGACAUUUGGAAUAAUAUCUUCAAAAUAUUCUCUUGUUUCUGUUUUUGGACUUGUCUUUGUGAUGUUUACUUUAUGCAGCUAUGUGGAACUAACUUAUCUGAGUAAGACAGUGAGGGAAGCAGAUUCAUUAAGCUCUUUGCAAUCAGUAAAUCUUAUCACCAGAUGCUCAUCAAAUGAAAGCUUCCAAUAUCCAGGAGGUGACAGGCUCCCAGUCCCAGAUCUGUGUAUUCUAUCAAGCCUGUCUCAGCAGCUCAAAAUAUUUUAUGUCAUAACAAAAAAAAAAAAGGAUGAUAGCAGAUACGUAUAAACAGAAGAUGAGAAUCUGAGCUGUCCCUCUUGCAUUGGAGACACAAAAAAAGUAAUUUUAAUAACUGAAACAUGAUAAAUCUGGCUUUGGCCGAUUUAAAUCAUUCAUGUAACUUAUUAUUGCAGCAGUGAUUUUGUAUUUGAUUGUCAUACGGUCAUUUUGACUGCAUACUUGUGUUCCAUAUUAAUUUGUUGCUAGAAGCAUUUCUUGUACAUUCUGUUUUCUACAAUAACAUAAAAAGUCAAUUUACUGAAUAAUUCCUGUUUAAACAAGCAAAAAGCUCCAGUGCAACAAAUGCUUAUUGUAAUGCAGUAAAAAAUAAUAAUGAUAAUAAUAAUAAUAAUAUGUUUUUGCUUUAAUUAUUUAGUUAUUUUUUUUCUUUUGCUUCAUCAACACAAGGUUAAAAGACUCUUUCAUCAUAAUCAUAUACUUUGAACUGAUCUCACUGUGACGGUUGUGGUGCAUCAUCAACACUAAAAAAAAUUCUUUAUUUAUUCUGGGCUGUUUAGACAUGAUACCAGUAUCUACAUGCAGUGUUCACCCUUCCAGUUUGCGGUGAUGCAGAGGAGCCUGCAGUCUGUUUUAGGUUUGCCCCUAAGGAGUAAGUGGACAAAAGGCUGCAGAUUUGCUCAUCUCCUUCUCUGCAAGGGACACGGAGAGAGAAGACGUAUCAUCUGUCAACGUGGCUCAGCCUACUCUCACAGCUUCGGUCAGCCGCUGUCUCUUUGGGAUAAGCACCGAAGUUCUUCUUCAUCAAACUUUUCUUUUUAAGUCUUGUCAGCAUCAUAUGUCAGUAAGACAAAUUGACCGGAGGCUUCUUCAUACUUCUUCGCUGCAAUCCUCUGAUUGAGCCAGAAGCAUAAAUAAACUCAGACGAACUCUCCACAAAAUUGUCAGAAUUUUUUUUUUUAUUUAAUUAAUUUAUUAAUUUAUUUUUUGUGAUUGAUAUUUAUUAAUCAACUUGACUUUCUUCAAGUUUAAAUAAUUAACCUGUGAAUAUAAGUGUGAACACAUUUGCAUGAUCUUUUUUUUUUUUCUUAUUCAGCUACUCGAAGUGUGUCUUAAGUAGGAAAAAAAAAUGUUAAAAUGUAACUGGAGUAUUUUCUGUUUCUAAAGAAGCUAGACAACUCAUUUAUUACAAGUGAAGUGAUUAUUCAGUGGGUUGUUAUUGUGUUUUUCCAUUUGCAGAAGUAACCAUGGUUGCAGAAUAAAGCAGAAACACCAACAGUAA